AUGCUGAUCUUCUCGCUGUUACCCUUGGCACUGAUGGCGCUGGAGCCUUUGCAACGAGCCCAUGCAAAAGCCGUUUUUGCCCACUUUAUGGUACUUAUCUGGCAACCCUUCUUCCUCCAAUGGGAAGAUGACAUCCUCAUGGCCAAAGCGGCACAUAUCGACGCCUUCGCGCUGAAUAUGGCGUUCGAUGAGCUCACGAAUAGCGUUGCUAUUGCUCACGCCUACGCGGCCGCCGACAACGUCGGCGGUUUCAAGCUUUUUUUCUCUUUCGACUACGCCGGCAACGGCCCUUGGUCUAAAUCCCUCGUUAUGUCCACCAUUCUCAAUUACAAGGACCGUGGAGCCCAGUAUCGGCACAACGGACAGCCGCUCGUCUCGACCUUCGAGGGGCCCGAGCGGGCGGAGGACUGGUACGACAUCAAAGAGGUCACCGGUUGCUUCUUCGUCCCUGACUGGUCUUCUCUAGGAGCUAAGGCAGCCAUAGAGGCCGGGGGUGGCGUAGCGGACGGCUUGUUCUCCUGGGCGGCGUGGCCCUGGGGCCCUCAGAACAUGGACACAUACGUGGAUGCCUCGUAUUUGCAGUACUUGGAUGGCAGGCCGUACAUGAUGCCGGUCUCUCCAUGGUUCUAUACGAACCUCCCCGAGUGGAAAAAGAAUUGGUUGUGGAGGGGCGACAACCUCUGGUACGAUCGGUGGCAGGAGGUUUUGACCAUUCAGCCAGAGUGGGUGCAGAUCAUUAGCUGGAAUGAUUAUGGAGAGUCUCAUUAUAUCGGUCCUAUUAGACACGAGGCACUGGGUGCUAUGCGAAGUGCGCCUUUCAACUUUGUCGAGGACAUGCCACACGAUGCAUGGCGCACUUUCCUCCCGACCGCCAUUGACUUGUACACUAAGAAUUCCACCAUCCUUUCAAAGGAGGGCGUCAUAUUCUGGUAUCGACCGAAUCUUGGAUCGACAUGUAAUGACGGAUCUACCACCGGAAACACUGCUUCGCAGCUGCAACUCGAAUUCUACCCUACUCAGGUCAUGGGGGAUGCCGUGUUUUACACGGCCCAACUCGCUUCGACCGCCGACGUUACCGUGAGCAUCGGUGGAGUGUCCAUCACAGGGACUUGGAGCGACGUACCCGCUGGAGGCGCUGGUCUCUACCACGGAAAUGCCACCUUCGAGAGGCACAUGGGUGACGUCGUGGUUACGCUCUCGCGUCACGGCAACCGGAUCGCUUCCGCGAGCGGAACCCCCAUUACAUCGAGCUGUAACUGGAACGCUUGGGUCGGUCAGGCGCUUUCAGGCAGCCCCGUCAGCAAGGCGCUUUCCACGAAGAAUACCGUUUGCAUUCGAGGUACGGGAGCCAACGACUUUGCUCCUCUAUGCGAGUUCUCUUGCAAGUACGGCUACUGUCCCAUCGGAGCUUGUACCUGCCUUGCCAGCGGCCCUCAGCAGGAAAAGCCCGAACUGACAGGCGUUAUUGCCUACCCCGUGGCUGGUAAAAGCGCCGAUUAUUCAGGGCUCUGUGCCUUCAACUGCAACCUCGGGAAGAUUGGGGAUCCUGGGUGCCCUUCCGACGUCUGCGGAACGGUGGAAGUGCCCCUGGUCAUCCCAGACGUCUCCCCCUUUGCACCCCCAGCAUGCAGAAGCGGGGUGGGGAGUCCGGGUUGGGAGGGCUUGUGUUCGUUUGCAUGCAACUUUGGUUAUUGUCCCUCCCAAAUCUGCACUUGUACAGCCACUGGCUCCCUGAACGCUGCGCCCCCCGUCACCCGAGAUACCGAGGGGUUUGCGCUCCAACCCGACGUCAACGAUUAUGGCAUCUGCGACUUUUCCUGCAAGAGGGGGUCCGGGAGCGGUGAGCUAGCAUACAUAGACGGCGAUAUCUGGAAGAACGCUGACCCUGUUCCGGUCAUCGGCUGCUCGCCGCCUUGCGUCCUCGUAUUACCGCCAUACGAGGUCCCAACAACCACCAUAACAUGUGCGCCAACGACUAUGACGAUAAUUCUGAACUGGGAGACCCGUUCCACUGUGACCACAGUCACAACCAUCAGCUUCCCGCCGAUUGUGACGGACCGGAUUCCCGUUUUCAACAUCAACAUUACGCAAGCCGCUGUCGAAAGCGCGACCUACCGUGUCACCCCCUCCCUCUUCUUCGUAGCCACCGUCACCGUCAACCCCCCGACAAGCGUAACAAUUCCGCCAUACAGCUCCAGUGAGCUGACGUACUAUGUCACCUCGACGCCGCCGGCGACCGAGACUUGGCCACCAAACAUCACGGGCAAGACCAAGGUCAGCUUCACGAGCACGGAUGCAACCAUGCCUACUUGCGCAGCCGGCUGCGGUGAAGAAUGCCGAGGCGAACACUGCAACGACUGCAACCAAAACAGAUGCUCCUGCGCGGGGUGUUGCAAAAGCUGCAUCAAUGACGACGACGAUGACGACGACGAUGACGACGACGAUGACGA